AUGGAACAGGAUGGAGCAACAGAAAACACAUCUCAUGCUGGUAUACCUCAAGAUAUCUCUGAGAAAUCUCAAAAUUCCAAUUUGAAAACAAGCAAAGAUAUGGUCAUUCCGGGAAAUGCCCCGACUGUUAUUUUCUCAACCACCGCUGGAGUAUCUACAAAUACUUGCAAUGAAAUUGGCAACUCAUCUUCAUCGUCUAGUGCUACUGGCUCUCCUACCAAUGAUUACGGUCAUCGGAAUUACAGUGCUUCAUCAACACGAAACAAAAAUAGCAAUAAAAGUAGUAGUAACGAUGAUAAGGCUAAUAAUAUUAUUGAAAAUAUCAAUAAUAACAAUAAUACAACGAAUAUCACAUCUGAAAGCAUUAAUCAAGAAUGGGAUUGGACAAGUAUGUCAGAGCACAAUUUUGCUGAACUCUGUGUAUUUCAUGUUCCUGAUAAGCCAUUAGAACACCAAGAUCCAAACAAUCGAGCCGCAACUUCACUGCCAUUAAACUUGACCAUAAGAUCUUCUCAUGUUAUGCCCAAAGCUAUGGGUGUAUGGAGUAUGGAUUAUAUUCCACGUGGUGCGCGUUUUGGACCCUUAGUUGGAGAAUAUCGGAAGCCAGAUAUUACAGAAACUACAAUGUCACCAGCAGAAGCUAGCAGUGCUGGUGGCUCUUCCAAUCACACACAUUGUGUUAUUUCAUCAGAAGCCUCAAAGAGAAGAGAAGAAAUAAGGCAAUCAACUUUAGAUUCCAUUUGGAAAGUUUUUAGUAGUAGUGGAAGUAUUCUAAUUCGUUUAUUAGAUGUAAGUCAAAAUCGAAGAAGUAAUUGGAUGAAAUUUGUCAACCGUGCUCGCACCAAAGAUUCUCAAAAUUUGGUCGCUUGUCAGGUAGAAAGUGAAAUUUAUUUCUACUCUGUAAAACCAAUCAAACCAAAUACAGAAUUACUUUAUUGGUACAGUCAGGAUUAUGCAAAACGUAUCAAUUUUCCAGCAAUUUGCGAAUACUGGAAAAUUCCCUUAUCAAAAGCACAUCCAGAAUCAGUGACAAAUACUCUAGCGAGUAGUAAAAAGUUUGGUAAAAAUACAUCACCUCAACGGCAACAACUUUCGUCGCCACAUGAAGCGCUUGAUUUUUCGAUUAAAAAAGUGACGCAACAGGGGGAAUCAAGUCUGGGCACUUCAACUACUGCACCAAAGCGAUCAAGAGAUGUUCACUCACCUUUCACGUCAUCAACUAGUAGUGAUUUAACGCAAUUAUUGAGCGAUGAUUGCGAAUCUAGCAUUAAUUCUACGUCUACAAUGUCAUCUCCAACUUCUCCUCCUGCUACUACAGAAGAGCAGCAACUACAGGUUACGCGACCGAAUGUAAUUCAAAAUCCAGUACAUCGUCCAGUUGCAACAAAAAUUCCUCAAACUGCGGUACCACAAGUACCAACUGGUUUACCACAAUUGCAACCAAGCACAAUGAAUCCAUAUAAUACAUUACUACAUGAAUUUUGGAGACGUAGUUCAGCAUUGAGUGUUACAACAGGUGGAAUUUGGGUACCCCCACAACCAAAUCAUGGAGUUGCAGCUACACCUCAUGUAACUCGACCAUGUUCUCCUGGACGACCACCUGCAUGUUCACCUGCACCCGCCUUUGCUGCUACCGCUAGUCCACCUUUUGGUAGUACUUUUGCUAGUACACUUUACUCUUCAACAACUCCUACCAAAGCGUCAUUUUUUGCUGCUCAACCACAGCCUAUGAUACCUCUUAGCAUUCCACCACCGCCAUUAGCAACAUCUCCAACAGCUUUUCAAGCUGCAUCAAGUAACUCACCAUAUUUACGCAGUGGUCAAUCGUAUCCAGUUCAAAAGUCUCAAGUAAAUGGCAAAACACGUUAUGAAUGCAAAGAAUGUAGCAAAACUUUUGGACAGUUAUCAAAUUUAAAAGUGCAUUUACGAACUCAUACCGGUGAACGGCCGUUUAAAUGUAAUGUUUGCUUCAAAGAGUUCACUCAGCUAGCUCACUUACAAAAGCAUCACCUAGUCCACACUGGAGAGAAGCCUCAUCAAUGCGAAGUAUGUCAAAAACGCUUUAGCAGUACGUCAAAUCUGAAAACGCAUUUACGCCUUCAUAAUGGUCAAAAACCAUAUUCAUGUGACUUGUGCAGUGCUAAAUUCACACAAUUUGUACAUCUGAAACUUCAUAAGCGUUUGCACACCAAUGAACGCCCAUAUAAUUGUUCAUGCUGCGGAAAGAAAUACAUAUCUCCAUCAGGUUUACGAACUCACUGGAAAUCAACAAUUUGUCGACCUACGAAUGGUACUGAGCUGCACAUAAUUGACCUGGAUGGAGAUGAAAGUAGUGGGACAGUCCGAGACGAACAUUGUGUCACCAGUACAACACCCAUACCGCGGUAA